GCGCCGCACAGCAGCACAGGCUAGAACGCGCGCCGCGCCCACCGCGCUCCCACUCCCGGACGCCGCGCGGGCCGGAGCAGCGAGCGUGCGGGCGGCGCCUGGCCGCAGGCCGCGUCGGGCUCGGCGAUACAGGGGUUUCUGUUUGUCCCCCGAGCAGAAACCCCUCACCCGCCAGGCCCUCUGCCGGCCGCUGCCCCCUCCACCGAUUCAUCCUCGUCUCGAUCCCAUCCGCCGCCCGCCCCCGCCCCCGCCCCGCCCCAAAGCCCACGAACCUUUUCCUCCCGUUUCCCUUCCCCACGCGCUCCGGCCCCGACCGCUCUGCCCCCGAACCCAAAAGUCGCUUUUCGGGUGUCUCGCUAGGGUUAUUUGUUUUUGCAAUUUUCUGGCCAUGUCGUACCCGCUUGUCCCCGCCUGACUCGAUUCACUCGCCUGCUGGGCUGCUGGCUGCUGCGGCGGCCUGCCAUAGCCAGCUUCCGAGUCCCAACCCAAUGGAGGAAGGCGAGCAGGCGGCGCAGGUCGAGCCGCCGCCGCCGCCGCCACCGCCACCGCCGCAGGAGGGAAACAAGGAGAAGGAGCCUGAGCCGGAGCCGGAGCCGCCCCGGUGCGGGAGGCACCCAUCCCAGCUCCUCACCGGCAUCUGCUCCUCCUGCCUCAUGGAGCGCCUCUCCUCCGUGCGCGACCAGCCCGAGGCCGAGAUCGUCGAGGUCGGCGCCGCGGAGCCCGCCGAGGGCUCCGGCGCCGCGGACCAGGGCAAGCUGCGGAAGACGCUCAUGCUGCUCUUCCAGCUGGACGACUCCGGCAGCGGUGCCGCGAAUCCGUCGCAAGGGAAGGACCCCCAACCAGCGGAGUUUCAGUUCGGCUCUGGAGGGGGAGAUCGAGGGGGCAAGCGGAAGGGGCCCGGGUCGUGGCUCAGGUCCAUUUUGCCGACGAGAGGGAUGCGGUGGAGGAGGAGUGGGGGCUCUGUGAAGGAUCCCUCGCCGCCGCCGCCGCCAAGGGGGGAGGCGGCGGAUCCGAGCGCCAUCAACGGUGGCGGCGGCGAUGCGCAGGUGGAGCGGAAGCCGAGCUUCCGCCGCUCGUGCGAGUGGAUGGCGUGCCGGGACCCGAGCAGGGGCUCCCUGGAGCCACCACGCCACUCGUGGGACGGGUCGAUGGUGGGUAGGGCCUUCGCGUGCUCCUUUGCCUGCUUAGAGGAGCCACCGGAUGCGGCGAGGAGGGUAAGGAGGAGCAAUGCUGAGGAAGGCGCUGCGGAGACCCGAGCCGUGGUUGCAGAGAGCAGGAAUGGGGGGCACUCAGUUGAUGCAGGUGGCGAUGGGCGGCGUUUAAGGGGAAGGGGUUCUGGUGACACUGGGAUGGAGAUGGCUGUCUCUGGCGUUGGAAGACGGAGGUCCAACAGGUGGAGCAGGGUGUGGGAUCGCAGCAUAACGAGCCCACUCAAGGAAUUCGUGAGGAAGGGGGAGCAUGUUCUUGAGCGGUCCCUCUCCGAGUCGAGGAAGGAAAUCAGGAGGGGUAAAAAUGCGGAAUCAGCAGAUAUUAGUGGUGAAUUUCAUUCUGGACGCAAUGGCCAUGUGUCGGGCAGAGCAAGCCAAGGCGCAAGUCGAAGCUCACAGGCUGCAUCCAAUGGGGAUGUACAGAAUUUCCGGACCGAUUGGCUUAAGAAUAGCAAGAUUGGCAGAAGCAGGAGCGUGCAUUAUACAUCGCCUGGGAACUUGGACAACGGGAUGCUGCGAUUUUAUCUGACACCAAUGAGAAGCACGAGAACUGCAAACAAGGGGAGAAGGAGAAGCUCACGCUUGUUUGCAAGAGGGCUUUUCGGUUUCAUGUGAGCAGCUGAAGUAGAAUGUCAGACCAUGCCAUGUGUUUUAGAAGAUGGCAGCAGCAGAAGCAACUUUUCUUUGCAAUCUACUUGGUUUCUAAGGAUUGGCAACAUCCCUAUAAAUGGCAUGGCUAGGAUUCUCUCAUGUGGGCUGUCAUCUCCUAUCAUCACUCUCAAGGAAAAAUCUCAAAGAUGGGGUCCUUGUGCUGGGGGUAAAGCUUCCAUCUGGAAUCUGGAGUCCCAAUUGAAUCCAGCAUAUUUUCAUGCUGAACUAGACAAAGUAAUGGAUUAGGUUGCAGAGAAUUCACACCCCCUGAAUACCCCUGAAUGCAAUGUUGCUCUCGCAUCUACUCGGUGUGGAUGGCUGGAUGCUGCAGAAGCAUCCUCUUAUCCACAUGUCUCCAGCUAACAGUUCUGUUCCAUCAGCAUGUUUCCUUGUUUGGUAAUUACAUGGAGAAAUUGUGCUGCUACAUGGUCAGGACUUCAUUGCCAUUGUUGAAGCAACAAUGUUCUUCAAAGAAAUAACUUACAAGGGAAUGAAAUGCAAUCAUGAGCUACUGCGCGGGGGAGACUACUAGUUGCUUUCCGAAUUGGCCGGAGAGACUACCACAACAUACAUCAAACAGAUGACAUCAAGAGGUGCAGAUGGACUAGCCUGCCUUUCUAAAUUCCCAUCUUGUAGGGCACCGGCAUCGAAAGCAGUCUGGUGCUUGUAUUGGAAUACAAAUGGAGAAUAGUCAGAUUUGGAACUUAUAACUCUCAAUGUCUUUGCAAAGGUGGUAAUGUGAGUCACAUCAGAGGUGGUGGGGCUACAAUUUUUUUUGUGUAUAUAUGGGAUUGCUAUUACGAUGUAUAAGUUUGGCUUUGUUAUUUCUUUCUCCAUCAA